GAUCGAGCGAGAGGGAGAGCCCACAUACUCAUAUUUGGAGGAGAACAAAAGCUUCGUCAUCAUCUCUGUCUCUCCGAUCCCCGUAUCUCGAACUUCAUCUCUCAGUGCUAUUCCUUCCAUGGCCUCACCCUCCUCGAUCUAACCACCAAAAAGCCAAAUUCCCAAUUUGUCCCGACUGUCUGAUUUUUCUUUACCGACUAAAUUCUUUAUACCUUUUGUUGUAUUUCCUUUUUGUUUUUUUUUAGCAUCCAUUGUUUCGAUUCUUUUAUAACCUGUUGUGAUAAAUGAUAUACUUGUAGAAUUCCUGUGCAUUUGAGUUUGUGAUCUGCAUCUGGAUUUGAUUUCCUUGUCUGAUCUAGGAGAGUGAGAUAGCUAGUUUAGAAUUCGCUUGAUUCUUUGUUUGGGGCGUUGAAAUGGCGGGGCCAAAUCAGGAUCAAUUCGAAGUGUACUUUAGGAGAGCAGAUUUGGAUGGAGAUGGCAGGAUUAGUGGAGCUGAGGCUGUUGCUUUCUUUCAAGGAUCCGGUUUGCCCAAACCAGUCCUCGCCCAGAUAUGGAUGCAUGCUGAUCAGAGCCAUAGUGGUUUCCUCAGUAAGCAAGAAUUUUAUAACGCUCUCAAGCUCGUGACUGUAGCACAAAGGCGUGAAUUGACACCAGACAUUGUAAAGGCAGCAUUAUAUGGUCCGGCUGCAGCAAAAAUUCCAGCACCACAAAUUAAUUUUCCUGCCACAUCUGCUCCACAGAUUGGUGCAGCUGUUCAAACAGCCUCUCCAAAUCCUGGGUUCAGAGGACCAGGAGUUCCAAAUGCAAGUAUGAGCCCGCAGUAUUUUCCUUCUCAACAAAAUCCAUCAAUGAGACCCACCAUGCCUGCUGGUACUGCCCCCCGUCCUCCUCAAGGUAUUGCAGCUCCAGAGUUCUCUAGGGGAGGUAGUAUAGUUGGUCAAACUCAAGGCAUGCUGGCUGGUUCUACUGCCCGUCCACUUCAAUCCGUGCCCACUGGUGCUACUGGUCCCAGUUUCACAAAUCAAAACAUCUCAAGCGAUUGGCUUGCUGGAAGGACAGUUGGAGCUUCAACUGGGCCACAAGGGGUGACCCCGUCAACACCUUCGGCUGCAUCAAAGCCGCAAACUGCGUUUUCAAUGUCUUCCCUGUCUGCAGCUAAUGAUUCUAAAGCAUUGGCUGUUUCUGGAAAUGGGUUUGCUUCUGACUCAGCAUUUGGAGGUGAUGCAUUUUCUGCAACCUCAUCUGCGCCAAAACAAGAAUUAUCUGCACAAACUUUUUCUUCUAGCAGUGCACCUGCCUCAUCAGUGAUUACACCAGCUUCAAGUGGGGCCCAACCCAUUGUUAAGUCCAACUCACUUGACUCAUUGCAAAGUGCUUUUUCUAUGCAGUCUGCAGGCAGUCAAAGGGCACACUCAUCUUUGAUCCCAGGUCAACAGGUUUCAUCCCCAAGUUCCUCCUCUAUUACGUCAUCUGGGAUUUCUGUGGGAACUGUGAAUGCUGCUUCAAACAGUUCCCAGGUUCCAUGGCCAAAAAUGAAACCAUCUGAUGUUCAGAAAUAUACAAAAGUGUUCAUGGAAGUGGACACUGACAGAGAUGGAAAAAUAACUGGUGAGCAGGCAAGGAAUCUAUUUUUGAGUUGGAGGCUACCUAGAGAGGUGUUAAAGCAGGUUUGGGACUUAUCUGAUCAGGAUAGUGAUAGUAUGCUUUCUUUGAGAGAGUUCUGCUUUGCUCUCUAUUUGAUGGAGCGGUACAGGGAAGGUCGUCCUCUUCCAUCUGCACUCCCUAGCAAUGUUAUGUUUGAUGAGACACUUUUGUCCAUGACAGGCCAACCCAAUGUUUCAUAUGGAAAUGCAGCUUGGGGUCCCAAUCCUGGUUUUGGACAGCAGCCAGGGAUGGGUGCCCAGCCAAUGACUCCUUCAACUGGUUUCAGACCUCCAAUUCCCCCCAAUGCCUCAGCUGAUACUACUGCAAUGUCCAAUCAACAAAAGUCAAGAGCACCUGUUUUGGAUGAUUCCUUUGCAACCCAACUUGAUAAUGGCGAGCAGAAUUCAGUGAAUGGAGCAGCCCAAGGUGCAACGGCUGAUGGAAUAAAGGUUGAUGGAACAGAAAAGGUGAUUUUGGAUUCCAAGGAGAAGCUUGAGUUCUACCGCGAAAAAAUGCAGGAACUUGUCCUGUAUAAAAGUAGGUGUGAUAAUAGACUAAAUGAAAUCAUGGAAAGGGCAAUUGCUGAUAAGCGUGAGGCUGAAAUAUUGGCAAAGAAAUAUGAGGAGAAAUACAAACAAGUUUCAGAAAUAGCUGCCAAAUUAACAAUUGAGGAUGCAAAAUUUCGUGAGAUUCAGGAGAGGAGGAGGGAGUUGCAGCAGGCUAUUGUUAACAUGGAACAAGGGGGCAGUGCAGAUGGUAUCCUUCAGGUCCGUGCUGACCGCAUACAAUCAGAUCUUGAGGAGCUAAUGAAAGCCCUGACUGAACGAUGCAAGAAACAUGGAUAUGAUGUUAAAUCAACUGCAGUAAUUGAGCUUCCCAUGGGUUGGCAACCUGGAAUUCCAGAGGGAGCUGCUGUCUGGGAUGAAGAGUGGGAUAAGUUUGAAGAUGAAGGAUUUGGCAAUGAGCUCACUGUUGAUGUGAAAAAUCUGUCUGUCUCUCAGAGAGGAAAAGCAUCUCCAGAUGGUAGUUUGACCCCUGAUUCCUCUUCCUAUGUGGAUGAAAAAGCUGCGAAUCUCUUCAGUGCUGGUGAACGUGCCCUUGAGAGUGAGUCUGCAUACACACACAGUGAAGAUGAGUCAGCCAGAAGUCCUCAUGGCAGUGCUGCUGGAAGAAACUCUCUGGAAAGUCCAUCCCAACAAUUUUCUGAUGACCAUUUUGGAAAGAGUACUGAAGCAGAUGCAGAAACACAUCGAAGUUUUGAUGAAUCAGCCUGGGGAACCUUUGAUAAUGAUGAUACAGACUCUGUGUGGGGGUUUAAUCCUGUUAAUACCAAGGAUUUGGACUCUGAUAAGCACAGAGAUUUUUUUGGAUCAAGUGAUUUUGGUGUAAACCCAACAAGAACAGAAUCCCCUAGUGCAGGAAGCUUUUAUGAUAAGAAGAGUCCAUUUACAUUCGAAGACUCUGUUCCCAGCACUCCUCUCUCAAGGUUUGGAAACUCUCCACCAAGGUUUAGUGAGGCAUCAAGGGAUCAGUUUGACAGUUUAUCCAGGCUUGAUUCUUUUGGCAUGCAUGAAAGUGGAUUUUCACAGCAACCUGAUAGGCUCACAAGGUUUGACUCCAUAAAUAGUAGCGGAGACUUUGGCAGUGGAUUUUCACAUCAACCUGAGGCGCUCACUAGGUUUGACUCCACAAAUAGUAGCAAAGACUUUGGCCAUGGAUUCUCUUUUGAUGACACCGAUCCUUUUGGCUCCAGUGGUCCAUUUAAAGUUUCAUCAGACCAUCAGAGUCCAAAAAAGGGUUCGGACAGUUGGAGUGCUUUCUAGCCAGGUAAUUCCAAAGCAAACAGAAGAAAAAGAGAAAAAAUUUUCCCUUCGGCCCUUGUAGUCAAUUUUUUCUUUUUUGUUUCAGGGUUUGUUGAUUGUCUACCCAUUUCUUUGUGCUGUAUAUUUCACGACAUAGAAUUGGAUUGUUGUAAAGUUGUUCGGUGUGGCCUUGCUGUAUUUAUAUGGUGAUAUUAUUUUUUGGGUUGGCAUGCCAGAAUGAGAAAAAAGAAACACGUUUGUUAUUGAAGUGCCGUAUUAUUGACUGGAAAAUAAAAACUAAAUGAAAUCCAGUUUCUUUGCCGUUUC